AUGCUCUCACGUCACCUUCUUUGGGCUCCAACGCAAUAUCAGGCGAGUCAUCUUUCAAGAACACCACAAGUUCCGCCACCAAUCGAAAGGGAUGUGGCAUACCCCAUUAAUUCAUCACAUGUACCCACUGAACUUCUCCGCGUUUCGUGCUCGGUACUUCUUAUAUCAUACGUGCCUCGUGCUCUUGACGUCGAUAAUUUCGUUUUCACUGACAUAGACCCACAUAUCCUGGCGGUAUCUGUCGAAUCCAAAGUCUCGGGAAUUGGGAAGGAAUAUGUUACACUGGAACUGUCACUGAUUCUUCCUGCUGCCGCAUGGGGUUUACCCAUCUCAGUGCACCUCUCGACCUGGACCACCAGCUGA